AUGAAAGGAAUACUUAUCAUUUUAAUUCUUCACUUCUUUACGCAUUUCUCAACAUCCGAGGUACCGAACAACGAUGAAAAUGAUACAGAAACGCUGGAAGCUUCCGUACACAUAGGAGGUUCGGCUUCAAAUAUUUUGAACCGAUUAUCCGAGUUAGAAAAUAAAGUGGCCCGUCUUGAGGGUGAGAAUUCUAAGUUACAGAAAGCGGUGACUAGCCUUGUCUUCAAGCCACAGCAGGACGCUGAAGCGGCUCCGACGUUUGUCGCUGAGUCCACAGCCUUCCACGCGUACCUGAGUACAGACGUCAACCUAAACUCACAUGACGUAAUAAAGUUCGACGUCGAGGGAACGGAUACCAUGAACAGCUACGGCGUAAAUACCGGGAUAUUCACCGCUAAUGCUGUCGGACUCUACGUCUUCACGAUCACAAUCCACUCCGGCGUCCGUUCUUACGUCGGCGCGGAGAUAGUCGUUAACGGCGUCGUCCAGGGUGAAGCGUUCGCUGACUCGGAGGAAAUUACCGACACACACUCUUCAAGCGCGACGACCGUCGUCCAGAUGGCCGCCGGAGAUCAGGCCUGGGUUCGACGGGGGGCGGACAGUCAGUCGGUGCUGUGGAGUCACCCUUCCCGCGGACGUUCGACGUUUACAGGAUGGCUCCUCCUCUAG